AUGGAGGUGGGGGAGGAGGAAAGACGCUCUCCACACGAUCGUGGGGAUCCGUGUGUUCCCGAGAGCUUCUUUGAUUGCGUAACGCAAGCGUUACGCGGCGAUCUUGAACAUGAGCGGGACAGGCGUCUCCAAAUGGCGGACACUGUCUCGAAGCAUCGAGCUGAGUUUGCCUUUGCUCAGCUUGAGAACGAGAGAAAUUUGACAUCUCUGCGUGACGAGCUAAGGGUAGCUCGUAGGAUGGUUGACCGGUCUCGGGAUGAGAUAGCUGCUCUUCAGACCCUUGUUGAUGCCCACCAUCGGGAGCACAAGGCUCUCUGCGAGAUUCUUGAGCGCAAGGGCGUUCUUCAACGGAAGAAGCAGCGUACUGAUGGUACGGCUUAA